CCUCAGCUGUAUGCCUGACAACUGACUGCUGGACAUCCCGCGCCACCACGUCAUUCAUGGCCGUCACCUGCCAUUUCAUAGAAAAUUACAGUAUGGCAUCAUGUCUACUGGACUGCUUUGAAUUUAGUGACAGGCACACAUCAGAAAACCUGGCUGAAGAGCUCCACCGAGUGGCAAGAGAGUGGGGGAUGGAGAACAAAGUUGUGUGUUGUGUCACAGAUAAUGCAGCCAAUAUAAUAAAAGCCAUUCAGCUGCUGAAAUGGACACACCAUCCAUGCCUGGCUCACACCAUAAAUCUGUUUGUGAGAAAUGCUCUGAGGGCUAUAAAGCCCACUGUGGAUAAAGUAAAGGCCAUAGUGGAAUUUUUCCACAGAAGCACAGUAGCCACCCAAAAACUGAAAUCCACCCAACGGCAGAUGUCUAUGGCAGAGCUGAAGCUCAAACAGGAGUGUGUCACCCGGUGGAAUUCGGCAUUCCAUAUGAUCCAGCGAAUCCUGGAAUCUAAGGAUGCGGUUAUCGCAACAUUGGCGGUCAUCAACGCUACUGUGGCUCCUCUCAGCCAAGAGGAGUGGGAGGCUCUGCAAGAGGCCUGCAGCGUCCUGGAGCCCUUUGACCAGGUCACAGUGGAGAUCAGCGCAGAGAGGUAUGUUACUGCCUCCAAAAUGCUCAUACUGUGCAGGGGUCUUCAGAGGGUGACAACAGAGCACCAGGGCAGAGUCACCACAGCGUGCGUGAAGGAUCUGGUGAAUUCCCUCUCUUCAAGCAUGGACAAAAAAUUCCACCGGAUGGAAUACAAUGCAGUUCUGUCCGAAACCACCAUCCUCGACCCCCGCUUCAAAAAGGCGGCCUUUAGUGACAACAGAGCAGUCGACGAAGCCCUCCAAAGAAUUACCACAGCAGCAUCCAGGCAUAGGCAGUCAUCUCACCUGCAAGGGGGUCAUGGAGGAGAGGAGGGAGCAGCAGCACAUGAGCCGGAGGAGCCCCAAGCAUCGGCUGUUUGGAGGUUUUUUGAGGAGCGGGCAAGCGGAGACACUGCAACCAGGAAUCCUACAGCUGAUGCUAUUCUGGAGGUGAGGUCCUACCUUGAGGAGCCUCUUUUCCAGCGCAGUGCCGACCCACUGAGUUGGUGGGAGACAAAGGCACUGAUCUAUCCACAGCUCUCUUACGUGAUGGCACGUAGACUGUGCAUAGUGGCAACAUCCGUCCCAUCAGAGAGGAUCUUCUCCAAAACUGGACAGAUCAUAACUGAGAGAAGGAACAGGAUCAGCCCUGCCAAGCUUAGACACCUGGUGUUUCUCAACGCCAAUCUGUAAGUCUUUGAGUGAUACAGUGAGUUCCUUAUCUCUAUAGUGGUUCAAAACUUGUGUUGUUCACAUGUGUUUUAUACUUUAAUUUAAUAGCACUAUAGGUCUAAAUAAUACUUGAAAUUAUGCCUUUUUGGCAUGAAGCUGCUUUGAUACUUUUCUCAUACUGUGAUGGGUAUCUGUGUUUAAUACAGUGAGUGAGUGGUUCAAAACUUGUGUUUUGUUUUGUCAUAGUGUUAUACUUAAAUUUAAAAGCACUUUAUUUGAUAUUUGUAUUGUGGCUUUUCUGUUAUGAAGCUGCUUUGAUUGCCUACUUUUUUGUAUUGUGGUGGGUGUUUGUAUUUAUAUUUAACUGUUACAUUUUUUCAAGUAAUUUUUUUUGGAAGUGGUGCUAUUUUGUAAUAAAGGUUUUAUUCAUAAAGCAUUGUUAUGCUGCAUUUUUACUCUUAAGUGCUUAACAAUGUCAAUAAUGAAACAAAAUGUUAUAAAAUUAGGUUUAAGCUAUUAAUUAAUUAAUAAUGUAAAACAUGUGUAUGGGGAGCCGAAAGAGCCGGCUCUCCACAGUAAGAAGAGCCAUUAGAGCCGCAUCUCGCAAAGGAGCCGAAAAUCCCAUCACUAAUUCCAAUUGGUAUUUGGAAGUGUAUCCUACUUGCUCUACAACAGUGAAAAUCCGGUAAAGAACUGAGUGGCCAGUGGAGCUCUAGUUUGGGUGAUUGGUUGAUUUUACGGACGGAUAAAUGGCUGGACGGACAGGCGGAUAAAAACAAUAAAAUAAUAAUAACCCGCCAAAGUCUAUGUGGCAAAAGCUGCAUAGCUUGGUGGCUGGCAUAAGCCAUUAGGAGGCCCUAAAGGAAGUGAUGCAAUAGGUGCCUGAGUCGAGGACAUUUACAAGUGAU